AUGAACGCUUCACCGGCGUGGCCUCGCGCCAGUCGGACAAUGUCACCUCCAGCCGCAUCUACAAAACGAUCAUCGAGCGCGAGCGGCGCGGCGACUAUCUGGGCGCGACUGUCCAGUGAUCCGCACGUCACCGACGCGAUCAAAGCGUUCGCGCGGGGCCGAUACGAUCGGCGGCACCGUGGGCGAUAUCGAAUCGCCCCCUUCAUCGUGAGGCGAUCCGCCGCCAGCGCAGAACGAGCUGGGCCGUGGCCAGCCGAUCAGCAUCCACGCACGCUGGUGCCCUAUAUCGCGGCGGCGGGCGAACGAAGACAAAGCCGACCCAGCAUUCGGUGCGCGAGAUCGCGGCACUCGGCGUGUCGCCCGGGAUGUGCUGGUCUGCCGCUGCGAGCAUCCGCUGCCCGCGUCCCGACCGCGCCAAGAUCGCGCUGUUCGCAACGCCGCCGUCCGCCGUCAUCCCAGCACUCGACGCGUCGAGCAUCUAUGUGGUGCCGCUCAGUACCGCUCCGAGGGCCCCGAUUCGGAAGUACUCCGCGUUCGGUAUCGAGCCGGAAGGCGCGCCCAACCUGUCGCGCUGGACCGAGAUCGUCGACCGCCUGA